AUGAAGUCACGGAGAUCUUGGAUUGAAGACACCUUCUGCAAGAGAGCAUGUGGUAAAUUCAUCCCAGCAUGCCGAGACCUACACAGAUGUUUUCCAAUGUGUCAAGUAUGCCAAAACCUAAUAAGAUGCUGCUGUGGACGUCUGGUAGGGGAGCACACCUUGCUGGAGACUGGCCCUUCCAUGUCCAGCUGGCCUGGGCCUGGGACAGGGCAGCAAGAGGAGUGGUCAGUGGAGUGCCACACACAAACCAGUGCCACCGAUGCCUACGGAACCAUUGACUUCCAGGACAGUGCUGGACGUAACUGCCAUGCCAAGUAUGUUCGUGUUGCGGUCGAUGCCAAGGCUGAGGCUCUGCUGCAGCUGAUGCGGAGUGAAUGGCAGAUGGAACGGCCUAAACUACUGCUGACUGUUCAUGGGGGGACAGAGAACUUCCCCCUCCCUCUCAAGGUUAGACAGGCCUUUAGCAAAGGCCUGAUCACAGCAGCCCAGAGCACUGGAGCCUGGAUACUCACAGACGGCAUCAACACAGGUGUGUCCCGGUACGUAGGGGAGGCUGUGAAAACAUAUGGCACCCACGACCUCAGGAAGAGGAAUGCUGUAGGGGUCACACCCUGGGGCGUAAUUGACAAUCACAGUGACCUUAUAGGGAGAGAUGUGCUCAGGCCCUACCAGCCUCUGGGAAACCCCUUGAGUAAGAGGGUGUGUCUGAACGGCCUGCACUCCCACUUCCUGUUAGUGGACGAUGGAACUCUGGGAAAACAUGGCUGCCAGCUGGGACUGAGGAGGAAGCUGGAGAGACACAUUCAACUGCAGAAGAUCCACCCUCGGCUUAACCAGGGUGUGCCAGUGGUAUGUGUGGUGGUGGAGGGCGGCCCUGACAUUGUGUCCAUGGUGCUGGAGUACGUGAGCAGUGUGCCCCCCGUGCCUGUGUUUGUCUUCGAGGGAUCAGGUCGGGCAGCUGACCUGCUGGCAUUCUUACACAAACAGACUGCUAUAGACAGGCAGCUGGACACAGACAUCCAGCAGGACUUCCUGCUGAGGAUAGGGGGCAUGUUUGGCCUGGAGAGAGCAGACGCCAGCCAGCUCUACAACCUUCUGAUGGAGUGUAUGGACUACAGACAGUCUAUCACAAUCUUCGACUCGGAAUCUGAGGAUCAACAGGAGGCAGACUGUGCCAUUUUGACGGCCACACUGAAAGGCACCAAGGCGUCUCCUGGGGAGCAGCUCAGUACAGCUCUGGCAUGGGACCGAGCAGACAUAGCUAAAAAACACAUCCUUGUGUAUGGCCAGCACUGGCAGGUAGGCUCGUUGGAGCAGGCCAUGCUGGAUGCUCUGGUUAUGGACCGGGUCGGCUUUGUCAAACUGCUGAUCGACAACGGUAUGACCAUGAACCGCUUCCUGACCGUGUCACGCCUGGAAGAACUCUAUAACACGCAGCAGGGACCAACAGACAAUUUUCUCCAUCUUCUCGUGGAAGAUGUGAAACAGACUCAUAUACCUAAAGGAUACAGAGUCUCCCUCAUAGAUGUGGGGCAGGUAAUUGAGUAUCUGAUAGGAGGAGCCUAUCGGAGCACAUACACACGGAAACACUUCCGGGCCCACUAUAACCUCCUAUAUGGGCUGCCUCUCCCCUCCCUCCUCUCUCUCCUCUAUCUCUACAGGAAAGAUCCAUGGUGCUCAGGGAUGAAGGUGGCCCAGCAGCAGAGCUCUGAGCUGGGCGACUCUCCACUGUUUGUUUACAACUUCAAUGACCUGUUUGUGUGGGCUGUGCUGCAGAGGCGGCAGCAGAUGGCGCUGUUCCUGUGGCAGCACGGGGAGGAGGCCAUGGCCCGGGCUACAGUGGCCUGUAAACUGUACCGUGCCAUGGCCUACGAGUUUCGGCAGAGCAACAUGGAUGACACCACGGCAGAGCAGCUCAAAACCUACUCUAUGGACUUUGGUCAGCUGGCGGUGGACGCGCUGGACCGUGCCUUCAGACAGAACGAGCGCAUGGCCAUGAAACUGCUGACUUCGGAGAUGGAGGCCUGGAGCCACUUCACCUGCCUGCAGAUGGCUGUGUCUUCCCGGCUCCGCCCCUUCGUCUCCCACUCCUGCACCCAGAUGCUGCUCACCGACCUGUGGACCGGCCGCCUCAACAUGAGGAAGAACUCCUGGUUCAAGAUCAUCCUGAGCAUCCUCAUGCCCCCUGCCAUCCUGCUAUUGGAGUUUAAGAGCCAGGCAGAGAUGUCCCAUGUGCCCCAGUCCCAGGAGGCUUUGCAGUUUGGUUGGGACACGGGAAGACCAGAGGCAGCCCAGGAGGGGGGGCAUACGGAUGGCCAGGAUGCGGAGAAGGGAUCAGUGUGGUGGGAGAGUUGCUCAGUCCCCGAAGCUGACACAAUCACACCUGUUAUCACCCAGUGUUUCUUCUGGACCAGGAGGCUGUACGAUUUCUACACCGCUCCUGUCGUCAAGUUCUGGUUCCACACGAUGUCCUACCUGGCCUUUCUCAUGCUGUUCUCCUACACUGUUCUGGUAAAGAUGGAGGACCGGCCCAGCACUCAGGAGUGGUUGGUCAUUGCGUAUAUUAUAUCCACUGCUGUGGAGAAAACAAGAGAGGUGUUCAUGUCGGUGCCGAGGAAACCCAGUCAAAAGCUGAAGGUGUGGUUUGGAGAGUACUGGAAUGUGACUGACUUCCUGGCCAUCGUCCUCUUCCUGGUGGGGCUGGGGCUACGCUGGGACAGCGGGUCCUACCGGACUGCCGGCCGGAUCACCUACUGCCUGGACAUCAUCUUCUGGUAUGUUCGGGUGCUGGACCUGCUGGCCGUCAACCAGCAUGCCGGGGCCUACCUCACCAUGAUCACCAAGAUGACUAGUAACAUGUUCUACAUUGUGGUGAUGAUGGCGAUUGUGCUGCUGAGUUUCGGCGUGUCCAGGAAGGCCAUCUUGUCUCCAGACGAAGCUCUGUCAUGGAGCCUGCUCAGAGAUGUAGUCAACCAGCCAUACUGGAUGAUGUUUGGAGAAGUGUACGCAGGCGAAAUAGACACCUGUGCAGGUGACACGCCGUGUGUCCCCGGUGCCUUCCUCACCCCCUUCCUCCAGGCCGUCUACCUCUUCUUCCAGUACAUCAUCAUGGUCAACAUCCUCAUUGCCUUCUUCAACAAUGUCUACUUUGACAUGAAGUCCAUAUCCAAUAAGCUGUGGAAGUACAACCGCUACCGUUACAUCAUGACCUAUCAGGAGAAGCCGUGGCUGCCCCCGCCCCUCAUCAUCCUGAGUCACAUGACCCUGUGUGUGACUGCCAUUUACCGGAAACACAGAGGCUCGUCCGAGCAGGAGAGGGACUCCUGUGGGCUUAAGCUUUACCUGGGCCAAGAGGAGCUGAAGAGGCUGCAUGAGUUUGAGGAGAGGUGUUUGGUGUCGUAUUUCCAUGAGAAAAACCAAGAUGUUCUCUGCAGCCAGAUCAACAGGGUACGAGCCACUGCAGAAAGGGCUGAGGAGAUGGGUGUGGUUAUGGGCGAGGUGUCGGAUAGGGUCCACUUCAUCCAGGAUACCCUGCAGGUGCUGGACAGCCAGCUAGGUCAGCUGCAGGACCUGUCCGCCCUGGCCGUGGACACCCUCACCCUCCUAUCGGCCUCCGAUAGCCUGCAGCAGGAGGAGGCCCGCCUAGGCCACUGCCGGCCAAUCACCCCCUCCCGUCACCAUGUCCCCCACAGCUGGACCCUCCCCCACGGAGGUGGAGGCAGUGUUGACAUCAUGCCCUGCCACACCCCUAGGGCCUACCGCAGCACCCCACCCUCCCUGCUGUGGGGCCACACCUCCUCCCGCAGCCAACGCCCGUCACUAGAGUGGCACACGGGGGCCUGGGGGGCCGGCGACCAUGGAGGGCAGGGGGCUGGUGAGUCGUGUGUGCCUUCCCGCUGUGGCUCUCCUCCGUACCCUUCGGCCUGGGCUAUAGACAGUUCUCUGGAACCCCCCCACGGCAAACCCAGGGUCUGCUGUGACCCUGAGAUGUCCAUGGAAGAGGAAGGAGAUGAGUUUGGGAAGUCCUUUGAUGUGAAUGGGUCCAGGGCCUCUAGUCAUGCCUUCCUGUUGUCGGACACCCAGGAUGAGAGAGGCUGUGGGGCCAGGGGUUUGGUGAACCCCGCCUUCUGUAAGGACGACGACCCUGGGGCAGUUCUCUCCAGACGGGGCCAGUGGGGCAGGAAGCGUCCUCACCGGUGGGCGGGUCUGUCCAGGGACCGGCCCUACAGUCACAGCCGCUCUCUCUCCUCUAGCAUGGAGAACAUGGCUCUCUCUGGUGUCCCCCUGAGCCAGCUACGAGCCUCCUUCCCCGCCCUCGAUUGCCUGUCGGAGGGGGGAAGAUUCACAGCUGACAUACCCCUUGGCUGCAGUAAAAGCAGAGAGUCGUCCAACUGGUUUGAUCUGGCAGUGACCUCAGGGAGCAGAGAGAGGUGUCAGGGCAGGAAGACAGUCAAGAUCCUGGAGGAGAGUUCUUCAGACGCUGGGAAAGAGGUGGACUCAUACCUCUCUGACGUGUGCAGAAAGAGGAGGCGCAGGGGAGGGGAGCCUGUGUGCUGGUCUGCCUCUGCCAGCCCCAACCCACUCAAUUCUGAACCCAUGGAUUCGUUGCAGAAAGUAGCUUUUUCACAUCAGGACUGCAGUCAGUCCGUGUGGACCAGCUGGGCCUGCUCUGUCAGCUGCAGGUCCUCAGUGCGAAGUGGGAUCGCACCUGAAGUAAAAUCCUCUACAUUUCAAUCCACAGAAGACCUGGACCCACACUACUCAGCCAUGGAAAGGAACAACCUGAUGAGGCUUGCUCACACCAUACCUUUCACACCUGUCUCCAUAAUGGCGGGAGAGGAGGUGAGUGUCUACUCCCUGGAGGAGGUGGAAGCUGCAGGCCCGGAGUCCUCCAUAUCCUACUGGUCAUCCAAGGGGCUGUCUGCGGUGCUGAAGCCGCUGUCCAGCGAGGGCUGUCUGGAUGGGGGGCUGCGCAGGGCCAUGCUCGUACUUUGCACCUGGGCCGAGAGGGACGUCCUGAGGGUGGGCUGCGUGUAUGUGGUCAAAGCCAUCCAGCCCGAUGUGGUCUGCACCUGGCAGAGGGUCUUCCACAGCGACACCCCCCUCCAGCUCUGUUUGCGGGAGAUACAGCAACAGAGAGCUGCUCAGAAACUCAUGCAUGUGUUCAACCAAGUAAAACCAGAAAACAUGCCUCAUUCUCCAAGGUUCCUGGACAUGUCUCUUCUUCACUGGCACUCAGACGGCCAAUGGUUGACCAUCGAGAGGAACAUGACGGGAGACUUCAGGAAGUACAAUAGUAACACAGGAGAGGAGAUUGCCCCCUGCUGUGGGAUGGAGGAAACACUCCUGGCCUUCUCCCACUGGACCUACCAAUACUCCUGCAGGGAACUGCUGGUGUUGGACUUACAGGGAGUGGGAUCGGAGCUUACAGACCCAUCGGUCAUCCGAGCAGAAGACAAAAGCUCGAGUGAUGACAUGGUGUUUGGUCCUUCUAACCUGGGAGACGCUGCCAUCCACAGCUUUGUCAUCAAGCACACCUGCAACUCCUGCUGCGAGAACCUCGGACUCUCAGAUUUGAGGAGGAGCACGGACAUCCACGGGAAAACAGAACACAGGUCUUUUGAAAAGGAGAGUGGAUUGAUCACGACUAGGAUGUAACCUCUGAUCCGGAAGCAGAACUUCGCCAUCCUAACCUCUGGUUUAGGUGGGAUGAAGUUGCCCUUAAAGCAUAGACACUGAUUUAAUGUCAGUUUUGUGUUUUCCUCCCCAAAUGGUGAUGGUUAGGAUCUGGGGAAGCUAAGCGGAUCCAGAGGUGUACAAGGGUAACUUCUACCAGGAAUGAAAGCACUCACUUGGUUGGUUUGAAUGGAUAGUGUACAUUGUGUAGCUUUAUGUGGACUAAAUCUUGUGUUAGAUGUCUGGUAGGGCUUUUGUUGUAACAGCAGUUUACAUUGCAGAAGUCUCAGCAGCAAGCCAGAUGCUGUAGUUUUGCAUUCAUUCCGCCUAUAGAGUGCAUAGUGGAGGGAGGCCGCAGUGUCUGUUGUACCACAGGUAACCUAUUAAUCAAUCAAACACUUUGCCUUAUUGUAAUGUUAUGUAUCAUUAGACAUGAUGCAGAGGGCAUUCUAGGAAGGUGUUUCCAUACACCAAGAUAUCAUUUGUUUGUUCUCUGUUCUGUUUAAAUGAACUCCUGGUUACUUUUGAAAUGAGCACCACUUUUAUGAUCUUUUCAUAUCAUUUGAGGAAUGUUUAUACCAGUUGUCAUGUUUUUAUCUGUUGCAUAACAGUUUUUAUGGUGAAAUACCAGCUAUUAUGGCAGCCAUUUUGAAUGUUCACAAUAACUCACCUUCCUAGUUAAGUUUCAAACGGGCAGACCUUCUGGGAUGUUUUCAGAUUUCAGAGGAAUUUUUAUACCAAAUGUCAUGCUUAUAUCUGCUUCGUAAUGUUUAUUUUUUUGUUAAGGCCCCAGACUAUUAGGGUAUUUCAAGUGUUAUACUCUUGACAUAAUAUUCUUACCAAACAUAGUUUGGUUUAUUUAAUCUUAUACACAUUCACAGCUAAAAGCUGAACUACAAGCGUAGCAAGGAAAAGCUGUAUUUAAGUGACAUGUUGAAACCCUUAAAAGGAAACCAUCUUCAGAGUCAUGGACCAUGUUCUUCAGGCUGGGCUCAAAAUUGGAUGUUAAACAAAACUUUAUUUAGAACAAAUUAUUAAUCAGUCAAAACUACAAUCUGGGAUUUGUUUUUCAGCAAAACAUCCCCUCUCAAUUUCAUCAAAUAUUUUCCUGUUUUCAAACACUGUUGUGAAAUCAUAUUUUUGUAUUUAGCAAUGCUCAAAUAUAUUGUUAUGCUGAUUAUGUUACAAGUGAUUACAUGAAAAAAAAUACAAUUAAGCAUUUACACAGCUGGACUGAAGCAUGGCUUAUGUUAUGGCUUAAAUUCAGAAUGACAACGCUAUUACAAGAAUAACUAAAUCUGGUCUCUUGGUGGUUGGAAUUCACACUGCUCAGACUCAGAUUAUUCAAAUGAUCACAAUGGAUAGCACAGCUUUUUUGUUGUUGUUGCUACAGUCCUUCACUGAAAGAGCAGUUCUGAAGAGUAGCUACCCCUUAAAAUGUUUGUUUGUCCACAAAAACUCUACAUAAAUGCAUGUUUCACUUUGUGUGUGUGUGUGCAGAACAAUGGAAAAAGAACGAGCCAGAAAUACAUCCAUAAAAUUUCCUUUAUUUUUCUUCCCACAAAGAAAUGUCUACAAAAGCGAUAAAAUAUAGAAUUUAACAAAACUCACUUCAGACCUUGACUUGAUUAUUUACAUCUCGAAGGAGGAGACACUGAGAUAGCUCAGACAACUCAGAACUUCGACACAACUGGAUCAUCAAAGCUCUUAAUUUAUGACACACACACACACACACACACACACACACACACACACACACACACACAGGUGUGAGCUUUGGGGACAUAAAGCUGUGUCAAAGUUCCGAGGUUCGAUCCGACUCACGAAGUGAAAAAUGCAAACAUACAAACAAACAAUUCAAUGUAAUCAAAUACACACUUGCCUCAAAAUUCCCCUUUUUGAUUGGUUCUCAAGUAAACUCACACAGUAAAGAAACUAUUUCCCAUUUCGCUAAUCCAGCUCCUCCUCUCUAACUAUGGCACUUGAAAAAACAUUUCUUUUUUUGUUUUAGUUAGUCCGUUUAAAAAAGUGUUUGUACCCCAAGUACCUUUUUUAAGGGUUUUGGUCACAGAUGCUGCACUUACUGUACUUUACUUUCUCAUCAUGGGACGCAAAGACAUUCUAAUGAAUAAAUAAAACAUGUUUA